AUGUUUAAGUCAUCAGUGGUUGCGAGCGCUGUUCUCUUGUCUGGGUUCGCCAACGCGUUUUACGACUCGGUACCGUUUUUGGCAUGGUCCAAUCACCCCUCCCUCGUCAUCGACGCACUAAUGGAGCAAAACCCAACGGUGCCAUCUCAUGCACAGAUUCUCAACUCUCUGAUGAGCACUGACGAGCUAUGCUCGCUCGACGCCAUGAUCGUGAUUGGACAACCGGGCUUGCACGCCAAUAAACUCUCGUCUCUACCCCAUAAAUCGCAUUUGAAAACGCGAUUGCAACAAGCCCCGGCCAAAGUCCACUUCCCGUACAUUCCAGCUCCAGCGUCCCUGAGACAGAUGUUGUUGCUCGUGACGUUGCCGCAUUGUGUGGAUUUGCGGCAGAUGAAUGGUCGCUCGGAAGCUCCUACCACGGAACCUCGAAGCGUGUUAUUUAUUUCGAUUUACCAGAGUCAACUGAGAAGUUUUGGAGCUCGGAUGUUCAACUCUUACGCCAUUUUCUUGUCCGGUACCUCGAGCUCAGUUUCGACCCUUGUUACCAAACGCCAGCAACCAAACUCCCUUAGUCGCCCCAACUUUGUUGAUCAACCUCAUACUAUUACCACUUUCGCCAACGCAACUCUCCCUACUGGUGGUAUCCUUGCUCGCUAUCAACUUCUCACCCCAGGUCUCUUGACUGCUCUGAUCAUUGCUUUCGGGCUCCUCAUUCCGCUGCUCAUGGUUGGAAUCAACGCCCUAGCUGGUAUUCAGAGCCCUCUCCGCACUGAAUCGCCCAAGGGGCCCAGUCUGGAGAAAAAGAACCAGUAG